ACCCGGCGCCCAGCCCGAGCCGCCGCGCAGCCCCGCACCUUCCCGCCCGCCCGCCCGCCCGCCCGCGCGGAGCCAGCCGCCGGCUCCCAACUUCUUGGUGGAGCAGCGCGGCGUGCUGCGGCGCCCCGGCUCGGACCGCGCUCCGCGGUGGCGUCGCCUCGUUGUGAAAGAAACUUCUCCGGGAGCCGGGCAUCGCGCGCCCGCACCUGAGGCGACGCCCGCGAUGGUGCUGCGGUCGCUGUGGUGGGUCGCGGCCGUGCUGGCGGAGGUCGGGGCCCUCGCGGGCGGACGGGCUGGUAAUGAAGAAAUGGUGCAAAUAGAUUUACCAAUGCGGAGACAUAGAGAAUAUGAGCUGGUAACUCCAUUCAGCACAGAUCUAGAAGGACGUUAUCUCUCCCACAUCCUGUCUGCAAAUCACAAAAAGAGGUCAGCGAGGGACGUGUCUUCUAACUCAGAACAAUUAUUUUUUAACAUUACUGCAUUUGGAAGAGAUUUUCAUUUGCGACUAAAGCCCAACACUCAGCUAGUAGCCCCUGGGGCUGUUGUGGAAUGGUAUGAAACCUCUCCUGUGCCUGGGAAUAUAACCAGUCCUGUGAAUGACUAUCGACCUGAAAGUGCUUCUGAAGGAAUCUGGAGAACAGAGCCUUUGCUGACCAACUGUGCUUAUGUUGGUGACAUUGUGGAUGUUCCAGGAACCUCUGUUGCCAUUAGCAACUGUGAUGGUCUGGCUGGAAUGAUAAAAAGUGAUAAUGAAGAGUAUUUCAUUGAACCCUUGGAAAGAGGUAAGCAAAUGGAAGAAGAAAGAGGGAGGAUUCAUGUUGUCUACAAGAGGUCAGCCGUAGGACAAGCACCCGUGGACAUGUCCAGAGACAUCCACCUCAAAGAGCCCGAUCUAGAAGGCCUUGAUCUAGGUGCAGUUUACAGCAGUGUUGACCAGCAGCUGAAUGAAACCAUGAGGCACCGAAGACAUGCAGGAGAGGAUGAUUACAACAUCGAGGUGCUGCUGGGAGUGGAUGACUCUGUGGUCCGUUUCCACGGCAAGGAGCACGUGCAGAACUACCUCCUCACCCUGAUGAACAUCGUCAAUGAAAUUUACCAUGAUGAGUCCCUUGGAGUACAUAUGAAUGUGGUCCUGGUACGCAUGAUCAUGCUGGGUUAUGCAAAGUCCAUCAGCCUCAUAGAAAGGGGAAACCCAUCCAGGAGCUUGGAGAAUGUGUGUCGCUGGGCUUGCCAACAGCAAAAAUCUGAUCCCAACCACUCUGAGCACCAUGAUCAUGCAAUUUUCUUAACCAGACAAGACUUCGGACCUGCUGGAAUGCAAGGAUACGCUCCAGUUACGGGCAUGUGUCACCCGGUGAGGAGCUGUACCCUGAAUCAUGAGGAUGGCUUUUCAUCUGCCUUUGUAGUUGCCCAUGAAACUGGCCAUGUGCUGGGGAUGGAGCAUGACGGGCAGGGCAACCGGUGUGGUGACGAGACUGCCAUGGGCAGCGUCAUGGCACCUUUGGUGCAGGCCGCUUUCCACCGCUACCACUGGUCCCGCUGCAGCGGUCAGGAGCUGCGCAGAUACAUCCAUUCUUAUGAUUGUCUGCUUGAUGACCCAUUUGAACAUGAUUGGCCCAAACUCCCAGAACUUCCUGGAAUAAAUUAUUCUAUGGAUGAGCAAUGUCGUUUUGAUUUUGGUGUUGGUUACAAAAUGUGCACUGCGUUCCGAACGUUUGACCCGUGCAAGCAGCUAUGGUGCAGUCACCCAGACAACCCCUACUUCUGCAAGACUAAAAAGGGGCCCCCGCUGGACGGCACCGAGUGUGCAGCCGGGAAGUGGUGCUACAAAGGACACUGCAUGUGGAAGAACGCCAAUCAGCAGCAGCAAGAUGGCAACUGGGGCUCCUGGACUAAGUUUGGCUCCUGCUCCCGGACAUGUGGAACUGGUGUCCGCUUCAGGACUCGCCAGUGCAACAACCCGACGCCCAUCAACGGCGGUCAGGACUGCCCCGGCGUCAACUUUGAGUACCAGCUUUGUAACACGGAGGAGUGCCAGAAGCACUUCGAGGACUUCCGAGCACAGCAAUGCCAGCAGCGGAACUCGCACUUUGAGUUUCAGAACACCAAGCACCACUGGCUGCCCCAUGAGCACCCCGACCCCAGGAAACGAUGCCACCUGUACUGCCAGUCACGGGAGACGGGGGCCACAGUGUCCAUGCGGCAGCUGGUGCAUGAUGGCACGCGAUGCUCCUACCGGGACCCACACGGCGUGUGCGUGCGUGGCGAGUGCGUGAAAGUGGGCUGUGAUAAAGAAAUCGGUUCCAACAAGGUUGAGGACAAAUGCGGCGUCUGUGGAGGAGACAGUUCUCACUGUCGCACUGUGAAAGGGACGUUCACGAGGGCUCCCAGGAAGCCUGGGUACCUUAAGAUGUUCGAUGUCCCCCCUGGGGCUAGACAUGUGUUAAUCCAAGAAGACGAGGCUUCUCCUCACAUUCUUGCUAUUAAGAACCAGGCCACAGGUCACUACAUUUUAAAUGGCAAAGGGGAGGAAGCCAAGUCGCGGACCUUCAUAGAUCUUGGUGUGGAGUGGGAUUACAGCAUCGAAGACGACAUUGAGACCCUUCACACUGACGGACCCUUGCAUGAUCCUGUUACUGUUCUGAUCAUCCCUCAGGAGAACGUCACCCGCUCCUCCAGCCUGACCUACAAGUACAUCAUCCACGAGGACUCUGUGCCCACCAUCAGCAGCAAUAAUGUUAUCCAGGAAGAGCUGGACACCUUUGAGUGGGCUCUGAAGAGCUGGUCUCAGUGCUCCAAGCCCUGUGGUGGAGGUUUCCAGUACACUAAAUAUGGAUGCCGCCGGAAAAGUGAUAAUAAGAUGGUUCACCGUAACUUCUGUGAGGCCAGUAAGAAACCAAAACCUAUCAGACGAAUGUGCAACAUUCAGGAGUGUACACAUCCCCUCUGGGUGGCAGAAGACUGGGAACACUGCACCAAGACCUGCGGCAGCUCUGGCUUCCAGCUGCGCACUGUCCGCUGCCUUCAGCCACUCCACAAUGGCACCAACCGCUCUGUGAACAGCAAGUACUGUGUUGGGGAGCGUCCCGAGAGCCGCCGGCCCUGCAACAGGGUGCCCUGCCCGGCUCAGUGGAAAACAGGACCCUGGAAUGAGUGUUCAGUGACCUGUGGCGAAGGCACGGAGGUGAGGCAAGUCCUCUGCAGAGCUGGAGACCACUGCAGUGGGGAAAGGCCCGUGUCCAAGCGAGCCUGUCAGCUGCCACCCUGCCACGAUGAGCCAUGUUUGGGAGAUAAGUCCAUAUUCUGCCAGAUGGAGGUGCUGGCCCGGUACUGCUCCAUACCAGGUUACAACAGGCUGUGCUGUGAGUCCUGCAGCAGGCGCAGCAGCACCCUGCCACCACUGCAUUUGCCAGAGACCGCUGAGGCUCAGGAGGACGCAGUCUUUAGUCCCACAGGCCUUCCCCAUGCCCUCCUUAUCCCCCCACCUUUGGCUCCUUCCUACACGGAGGCGUCCACUGAGAAAAAACCUGUGAAUAGCAUCUCUUCCGUGGGAAGCCCAAAUGCGAAUGCUGCUUUCAGGCUGAACAGCAGGCCUGCUGGUGCUAACUCACCCAGGAGCGGGGCUCGGCAGGCCGGAAGGCAGGUGCUGGGCCUGCUCUCCCUGCCGGCAUCCUUGCCGCGCUCACACUCAGGAGUGGCUGCUGCUCCUUCCCUUGCAGCCGGUGACUCCGUAGGUGCUUCUCAGACAAGAACCUCAAGGAAUGAUGGGAAGAUUGUUAAUAAGAGACCUCCGAUAAGCUCGCCCAGCCUAGAAAGAUGAGGAAAAGAACCAGCAGGAAGGAAUCAGAAGGAUUCCCCUCAGCAGGGUUAGUGGAAAGUGGAAAGUGUCAGAGAUACUUUAUCUGUUGGUGGGAAAACAAAAAGUGCUGGCUCACUUUCUCGUUCCUUUCCUCCUCCUCCUCCUCCUCUUCUCCAUGGACUCAUCUGCCAAGAUUCAUUGGAAGAAAGCACCAAAGAUUAUUAACAGAAGGAAAAUAAGUUGCUGCGUUGGUCAUUCUCUAAAGAAGAACAGGGACUAAAAUGAACUGUGCAUGUCAGCUGGUAUUUUUCUUUUAAAAAAGUAAAAAUUGAAGAGAUGCCAACAGUUUACACUUUGAGAAGAAAUUUUGGAAAUGGGGCAAAGAAUUCUUAGACUUGUAUUCCUAUUUAUCUAUAUUAGAAAUAUUGUAUGAGCAAAUUUGCAGCUGUUGUGUAAAUACUGUACAUUGCAGAAAUCCACAUUAUUUUGAGAUGUUCUCAAAACGAUUGUUUACCGUCUUACAUUUCUGGACAUUCUAGGUGCCUGUUGUUGAGUAUUGCCUUAUUUGACUUAUCCCACAUUCCAUGGGUUGGCUUUCAAAGCAGGAUACUACAGAGAAGGUACAGUUACAGCUACCAGCAGUACAAGGUUUUGUAGCAUGGUUUUUGUUAAAUCAUCAACACAGUAGCUAAAUUACAGAAAAAGAAAAAGACAGAAAAGCUUCCAUAAGCAGACUUCAUCUUCCCUGCCUUUCACCCUUGUAAUUGCAGGCUGAGCACACUGAUGGGUGCAGGGAACUGAAAGUCUGCCUGCUCAAGACAGCCCUGAAGUUCUAGUGCACAUGUCCUGUGUUCUGUGUUUUUUUAAAUUUUCCCACUGUUGAUGCAUGAACAGUAAUACUUGAUGUACUCCAAUAGCCACAAAGGAAACAUGUAGAUAAUUUGUGUAUUGGUAACUGAGAGGCAUCAUCAAACUGGAAUUGACCCUUGAAUAUGAAAGUGCUUUGGAAGGUUCAAGAGAGCAUUCAUUCAUCAAUGGUUGAGAUGUUUAUUUUCUGCACAGUUCGUCUCCAAAUGUUCACAACCACAAUGCAUCUGACUGCAAUGAAGUGCUCGUAACUCUGUCAGUGUUCACCUGGCACACAGCAAAGCCAGAAAUGCUCUCUCCAGGGAGUAGAUGUAAAGUACCUGUAUAUAGAAUUCUGAACUGAAACUAUUUAUUAAAAGUUGAUUUUUUUUCUUGAUGGUAUUUUAUGUGCUAAAUAUUUACACUAAUUUUAGUAAACUAGAGAGACAUACGUAGAGAAAUGUGCUUUGUUCUGUGCAUUGAAAAUUUAAGCAAACCACUGCAGACAAUUCAAAGAACUAAAAUUGAACAAAUUUGAUAUUAUGUCUACAUUUUACAUUUUUAAAGUAGUUGAUACAACGUGGUGCCCUUCAAGGUAAUAUAGGAACUUAGGUCCUUAAUGAAAUGAUGAAGUAGAAACAUGUUUAAAAAUAUGUGAAAGAGAGCAGUGUUUCCUAAAUCAUCCUGAAAGAAACGUUAAGUAUUGUUAGCUUAGUGUUUUUGAGGUCAUUACCUAAAAAGCCUAAAAACUUACGGAAACUAAAGUAUAAUUAACAUCUUAAGGCACAGAAUACAGAAGGACUUUUGGAUUUUAACUCUUACAAUUAAAAGCUUAAGCCUUUGACUAUGUAUUUCUAAAGAAUUGCUGCUACUUUAUGCAAGAAUUUAAAGGUCAAAAAAAUUGGUAAAUUCAGAUAAUAAAACAACACAGAGACUUAAAAUUUUCCCAGAAUGAAAUUCUCUCUAGUUUACUUGCAUGUGCAUAUGUCUUGUCCUCAGAGGUAUUACAAAGAUGCACACACACACACACACACACACACACACACACACACGAUGUACAUAGUCAUUACAUUCUGACCUUUGAGCUUUUUUCCUAAGCUAAAAUUUUCUUUUUAUCAAAGUGUACACUACUGAUGCCGUUUGUUGUAUGGGAACACAUAGCAAUAAAAAUGUUAAUAACACA